CUCCUGCACUUGACAUCUCCACAAUCAUAGUCCAACAAAGAAGCUAAAUUUGAUACUUCCAUGGCAACCUCUGCAGUCCAACAAUCCACAUUCGCCGGCCAAACUGCCUUGAAGCAGCCAAAUGAGUUCGUUCGGAGGGUUGGUUCCUUCGGAGGCGGCCGCAUUUCGAUGCGCCGGACCGUCAAGAGCGCUCCCCAGAGCAUCUGGUAUGGGCCGGACCGUCCAAAGUAUUUGGGCCCAUUCUCGGAGCAAACUCCUUCGUACCUCACCGGAGAAUUUCCCGGCGACUACGGGUGGGACACUGCCGGAUUAUCCGCCGAUCCAGAAACAUUUGCCAAGAACCGUGAACUCGAAGUGAUCCACUCCAGAUGGGCCAUGCUUGGUGCUCUGGGCUGCGUCUUCCCCGAAAUCCUCUCGAAGAACGGUGUCAAGUUCGGCGAGGCGGUUUGGUUCAAGGCCGGAUCUCAGAUCUUCUCCGAAGGUGGGCUCGACUACCUUGGCAACCCAAACCUCAUUCACGCCCAAAGCAUUCUCGCAAUCUGGGCUUCCCAGGUUGUGUUAAUGGGCUUUGUCGAAGGGUACAGAAUUGGUGGCGGCCCACUCGGUGAAGGACUUGACCCACUUUAUCCAGGUGGUGCAUUUGACCCAUUGGGCUUGGCGGAUGACCCAGAAGCCUUUGCAGAGUUGAAGGUCAAGGAGCUCAAGAAUGGGCGACUUGCAAUGUUUUCAAUGUUUGGAUUCUUCGUUCAAGCUAUUGUGACUGGGAAGGGACCCAUUGAGAACCUGUUCGAUCAUGUUGCGGAUCCGGUGGCCAACAAUGCUUGGGCUUAUGCCACCAACUUUGUCCCUGGAAAAUGAAGAUAUUGAUUACCUACUAUGAACUCUAAACUUCAUUGUAACAUUAUUGUACAAUCUUGGUUAUGUGCUUGUGUUGAAAAUUAGUGCUGUUGAUUACAUCGUUGUCCUUGGAAUGUUUACAAGGUAAGAUAAA